GAUAGUUUAUUUCUUUUUUACCGUCACUUUAGUUUUGGAUAGACACAUUUUGUGGAGCUAACUCAAAAUGGUGCAACGAUUAACAUUGCGACGGCGUUUGUCGUACAAUACCAAGUCUAACAAGAGACGUGUCGUUCGCACCCCAGGAGGUCGGCUUGUGUAUCUGUACGUAAAGAAGCAGCGUACGGUACCGAAAUGCGGCCAAUGCAAAGAAAAGCUAAGCGGAAUUAAGCCAUCCCGCCCAAGUGAGCGUCCGAGAAUGUGUCGCCGGCUGAAAACCGUCACCCGUACCUUUGGCGGAGUUCUCUGCCAUCGCUGUCUGCGCGAACGGAUCAUCCGUGCAUUCCUGAUCGACGAACAGAAGGUCGUCAAGGUUCUGAAGGCUCAGCAACUCGGCAAACCGAUUAGCAAGCCUCCGAAGAUACCGAAGGCACCGGCCACGACCGCAGCCAAGAGCAAGUGAACUGUUCGAUCGACUAGCUUGAGCCAAGUUGGAGUGUAUGCCGUGUAAUCUAUAAGAAAUAUUUCAAACAAGCUGUUUAAUAAAACUCGAACGGUCGAGAAACA